AAGCAGACCUGCGCGCGCCCCCGGCACCUCAGCGUCUGAUUGAAUCCCCCACCCCCCCUCCCCAUCUCUUCUCCACGUGUGCGCACAGACGGCUCAGCUUACUCCCAACGGAGAGAUAUAUCUCAGCUCUGACGAAACCUUCCAAAAAGAAAAAAAUAAUUAAAUAAAAAAAAAAGAAAUAAAAAAAAAAAAAAGAAUGAUGUUCCAAGUUGCUGUCCCAGGGCGGAACACCUUUUCUUCUUAAUGGUUGUUCCUGUUCCAGGGGACUUUAUGGAGGAUGUGGAAUAAUACAGCACAUGAGACACAAGACGGUGCAUUUCUAUAUUUCCUGAACCUGAUGCAGUUGGUUUUAGCUUUUUCAGUGAUUGUGUCCAAAUUGCAGAAACAGGGAAAAAUGGAGUCGUCAUUGUUUAAUUUAAUUGCUGUUUUUGUGUCUGUCCACGUUAUCCAGUGCCAAACAGUUUGCAACAGACAAACUGCACUUGAAUGGCACCUUAAAAAGCACACAAUCCAAAUGAAUUGGACUCUAAUAGGAAACAUCUGCUGGAGCGCGUCAGAGUGCUGGGAUACUCAGGGGGUAAACCAGUCGAGUGAGCAGCCUUUCAACUUCCCACAGAUAUGCCCGCUUCAGCUGCAACAUGGAGACAAACUUGUGAUGUCUGCCGAUGAAACACUCAAGACGUAUGGCAUCAGGCUCCUUAAUGUAUCGAAAGACAAUUUUGAAAGUUGUUCCACAAAUGAAGAUUUAAAGGAUCAGUUUCUGUUCCCCCGCAAUAUAAAUGAAAGUGAGCAAAUUGAGGCCAAGUGGAUGGACCCAGGUCAUCGUUACUUCAUUGCUCUUCAUAAUGGUGACACACAGCUGUGCAAGCUUGGUCUAAGGCUCAAUGUGUCUGUCAGAACACAGCUUUGCCAGGCCUCUCCUCUGCUUCGACUAUGUUCGGGGAAUGGAGUUUGUCAAGCUGGCGUCUGGGAGGGCUCAUACCACUGUCGAUGCCAUCACCACUAUUCCGGGAGGUUUUGUGAAAAGUUUGAUGCCUGUUUGGAUAACCCUUGUGAAAACAAAGGAGUCUGCUUGAGCAAUGGAUCCACAGAUCCAAACAGCAGAUCAUAUAAAUGUCUGUGCCCUCCACAUUUUACAGGAGUUAACUGCUCUGAAGUUGUUGGGAAAAGAAACUGUGACAGAAUAUGUGAAAAUGGGACAUGUGUUCAAAUGUCACCCACCUCUUUCAAAUGCAUCUGUAACACUGGAUUCUCUGGCCCUUCCUGUGAGAAGAAGAAAGCCCCCUGUGACCCAAAUCCAUGCAGAAAUGGCGGUACAUGUGCAGAGAGCCUCGAAGGAUUUGUUUGUCAUUGUCCAGGAAGAUUCAGAGGCCUCCACUGCGACUUUCGUGUUGACUCUGACUGCAUGUCAUAUUCAUGUCAGGAAGAACAAAUUUGCACUGCAGGGGAGCAUGCCUCUGAAUGUGUUUGCGCAGAUGGUUCUUUGGUCCCAGAAUGCAGGAGGCAGCAGAGCAUGUGCAGCCCAUCGCCAUGUCUGAACAAUGCCACCUGCGUGUCCAGGGGAAAGGAUUAUUUCUGCAGAUGCCUGAGUGGCUUUUCUGGGAAGAACUGUGAAGAAAUAAUUGACUACUGCAGGCUGCUCAAUAUCAGCUGCCUAAAUGAGGGAUUGUGCUUGAGUGUAAUUGGCGGAUAUCAGUGUGUUUGCGCCCCAGGGUGGAUCGGAAAGUUUUGUCAACUUGUAGGUGAUGCCUGCAUGAUGCAACCAGACAGCUGUUUGAAUGGGGCCACAUGCAUUACAACAAAUCAGCCAUCAUCCCCUCCCGAUUACAUCUGUAAAUGCCCCAUUGGUUUCAUAGGAACACUGUGUGAGACUGAGAUCAACGAGUGUGACUCCAGCCCCUGUCGGAACAAUGGCACAUGCUCUGACUUGCUUGGCGACUAUGACUGCCAGUGCCCUGCAGGUUUUCAGGGAAAGAACUGUGAAGUUAACAUAGAUGCCUGUACUCUGCCUGACAGCAUAUGCCCACCAAGUACUCAGUGUGUGGAUCUCCCUGAGGGCCUUGAAUACACCUGCCGUGUACCAUGUCCUCAAAACCUUCAACUGUGUGCCAAUGGAGGACGCUGUGUGUUGAAUGAUGCCAGCGGCUACACCUGCAUCUGUACUCGUGGUUGGUCUGGUCAGAAGUGCAGCAUAAAUACCAAUGAUUGUAUUCGACAUUGGUGUCAAAAUGGAGCUACUUGUGUGGAUGAGAUUGAUGGUUACAGCUGCCUCUGUCCCAGAGGAUACACAGGGGUGUACUGUGAGGAGGACAUUGAUUACUGUGUUGGCCAUGGCUGCUCUGAACAUGGUGUUUGCCUGGACCAGCAGUACAACUUCACCUGCCGCUGCAUGCUCGGAUUUGAGGGCCCGCUCUGUGAAGUGGAAGGAAAUGAGUGCAACAGCUUCCCCUGCUCAAGUGGUGCCACCUGUGUGGACCUAAUCAGUGAUUAUCGGUGCCACUGUCCCCCGGGGUUUGAGGGAAAGACCUGCUCUCAGAAUGUAAAUGAUUGCUGGUCGCAGCCUUGUCUAAAUGGUGGCUCGUGUAUGGAUCUGAUAAAUGACUAUAUUUGUCACUGUCCUCUUGGGUACAAGGGGAAAGAUUGCUCUCUGGAUAUUGACCUUUGCUCAUUUGGACUGUGCAGUGAACACACAUUAAUAUGCACUGAGACAAAGGACGGACAGAAUGUUUCUUGCAUAUGUGAAAGAGGGUUUGGAGGGUCACUUUGUGAAGUAAAUCUCAAUGAGUGCGGGUCAAAGCCAUGCCAGAAUGGUGGCAUUUGUGUGGAUGGCAUUGACUUCUAUCAGUGCUUAUGCUCAGAGGGCUUUGGGGGUUUCAACUGUGAAAUCAGAUAUGAUGAAUGUGUCCAUGGAUACUGUGCCAAUAAUUCCACAUGUAUUGACCUGGUUGCAGACUAUGAAUGCAUCUGUCCAUCGGGUUUUACUGGUAAGAAUUGCUCCAUAUCUGUCUCUUCAUGUACAUCAGAGGUGGAGUUCUGCAGAAACGGUGGAACCUGUUCACACAAUGUAGCUGGAGAAGUUCAAUGUAUUUGCCCUUCAGGAUACCAGGGCAAGGACUGCUCCUCAUCUGUGAGGCAGUGUGUAUCAAAUCCAUGUGACCCUGAAGGGACUAUCCUCUGUGAAGAGCUGGAAAGUACUUAUAGAUGUGUGUGCCAUCAUGGGCACACAGGGGGGCACUGCGAAACACCUAUAAACCACUGUGUUGACGGCCUUUGUGGACACGGUUCACUGUGUGUGGAUCUGUCGACAGGGUUCAAAUGUAACUGUUUACCAGGUUUAACAGGCCACUUUUGUGAAAUAAACAUUGAUGACUGUGAAAAGGAGCCUUGCGGAGUCCUCAGCAUCUGCAAAGAUACUCUCAAUGGCUACAAUUGCUACUGUGCACCUGGAUUUAUUGGAAAUAAGUGUGAGAUUGAAGUGAAUGAAUGUCUCAGCCAACCAUGUCGAAAUGGAGGCUCCUGCAUAGAUGAGCUCAACUCAUUCAGCUGUCAGUGUCCUCUUGGGAUCAUAGGUACCUACUGUGAAGUCAACGUUGAUGAGUGCGUGUCCUCUCCCUGCCUGCACAAUGCCACAUGUGUUGAUCUUGUUCAUGGCUAUGAAUGCGUCUGUAAGCCUGGAUUUACAGGUACAAAAUGUGAACUUGACAUUGAUGAGUGCGCUUCAGCUCCCUGCAAGAAUGGAGCAACUUGCAUUGACCUGCCUGGUAAUUACUUCUGCCAGUGUGUGGCUCCAUUUAAAGGUCACAAUUGUGAAUUCUUACCCUGUGAGGCCAGUAAUCCCUGCGAGAAUGAUGCAGUGUGUGUGGAAGAGUUGGAUCAGGACCAUUUCCCUUUGGGUUUCCGCUGCCACUGUCGCCAGGGCUUCACUGGCCCCCGCUGUGAAAUCAAUGUGGAUGAGUGCAGCUCCAACCCCUGUUUUCAUGGCUUCUGCUAUGAUGUUGUAGAUGGAUUUUAUUGCCUUUGCAAUCCUGGUUAUGCUGGGCCAAGAUGUGAGAAAGACAUUGAUGACUGCAUAAAAGGUUUGUGCAGCUCCAACUCAGUGUGUAAGGACCUCCACCAGAGUUAUGAGUGUGUGUGUCACUCAGGCUGGGAGGGGGAGUACUGCCAACAAGAAAUUGAUGAAUGUUUAUCACAACCCUGCAAAAACAAUGCCACCUGCACAGACCUUCUCAACAGCUACAAGUGUUCCUGCUCACCGGGGUGGACAGGUGUGGACUGUGCAGAGGACGUGAAUGAGUGCGAUUCUGGGCCCUGUCUAAAUGGAGCUCAGUGUCAAGAGUCAAACAUACCUGGGGAGUUCUCCUGCACCUGUCCCCCCUUCUUCACUGGGCCCUUGUGUGACCAGCCUUACGACCCCUGCGACACCCUCCACAAUCCCUGCCUACACAGCUCCACCUGCCUGACACGCUCCAAUGGAACAGCCUCCUGCAGAUGUCCAGCUGGAUUUGAAGGAAGUUGGUGUGAAAUUGACAUCAAUGAGUGUGGUUCAAAUCCAUGCCAAAAUCAGGCUGACUGUGUGGACCGGGUCAAUAGUUACAGGUGUGAUUGUAAGAUGGGCUUUUCUGGCCUUCACUGUGAGGAAGACAUCAAUGAGUGCUCCUCCAGCCCUUGCAGCAAUGCAGGCAUCUGUCAGGACCUUGUGAACAAGUUCCACUGCAUUUGCCCUCCUGGUUAUUUUGGAACGCUGUGUGACCUGGAUGUGAACGAGUGUGAAGUUUCACCUUGCCUACAUGAGGGCAUCUGUAUCAACACGCCUGGGGGCUUCAAGUGUGUCUGCCGGCCUGGAUACACAGGGUCCCGUUGUGAAGUUAACAUCGAAGAAUGUGUUUCAAACCCAUGCCAAAAUGGUGGAAGAUGUAUUGAUGGGUCUAAUCGAUAUCACUGCUUGUGUCCUGAUGGCUUCAUUGGGUUCCGCUGUGAGAACAACAUUGAUGAGUGCAUGUCAGCACCUUGUCUUCAUGGGAGCUGUGAAGAUGGAAUAAAUUCCUACAUCUGCCUUUGUGAACCUGGGUGGCUCGGCAACAGAUGUGAAACAAACAUUGACGACUGUGCUUGUAGUCCCUGUUUGAAUGGAGGCUCAUGUGUUGAUCUUAUUGAUAAGUACGCAUGCUUCUGUCAGGAUGGCUACACAGGAAAGAAUUGUGAAAUAGAUAUAGAAGUCUGUGAAUACACUGGCUUUAAUGUCUCCCUGUGUUUUAACGGAGCCACGUGCCUUGAUGGUGAAGGAUCAAACUUUACAUGCAGCUGUCCACCAGGUUUCAUGGGAGAUUUCUGUGAAGUGGAUGUUAACGAAUGUUGUUCAGCUCCCUGCCAUAAUGGCGCUGUUUGCCAAGAUCUUAUUAAUAGCUACGUCUGCCACUGCAGGUCAGGUUGGACAGGCCUUCACUGUGAGGAUGACAUUAAUGAGUGCCUUCCACAGCCCUGCAACCAGGGGAUAUGCAUCCAGAAUGAUCCAGGCUAUGGCUACACCUGUUUCUGUCGUCCUGGAUUUGUGGGGAAGAACUGUGAGCACAACUAUGAUGACUGCCUGCUGAAUCCAUGUCCAGAAGCAUUUUCCUGUGUAGAUGGCAUCAACAAGGUCAGCUGCCUGCCUCCUGUGACGGAUCCUGUUCCCUUGGCGACUGUAGUCAAGAACAUCACUCGCGGCUACACACCCAGUGUGCCAACGCCAACACUCAGCUCUACACCAACAGCUGAGCUAUCCACAGAUGCAAGCUACCUUCAUUACUUUGGGAAUUCAUACCUUGAGUUUCAAGGUAUUGAACUCGGCACAGUCAACAACAUUACUGUGAGGUUUCAAACCAUGGCAGCACAGGGAACUCUACUGUAUGUAGACCAAGGACCUGUGAAUGGGGAUUUCUUUUUCAUGAAGCUCUUUAUCCUGGAUGGCAUCCUGCAGUAUGCCUUUUGCUGUAAUGAAGAGGAAGAGGUUACACAGAUGAGUACGCUAAUUCACGUUGAUGAUGGGAAGAUUUACAUCAUAAAUAUCAGACAGCACCUUACCCCUUGUGAAGCAGAGUUGAUGCUUUCUGGUCAUGAGAAAAUUAAAAGCACAGCAAGUAAUUACUGGCUGGGACACAUGAUUCAAAGAACAAAUCAUGUCUUCAUCGGCGGUUUGCCACAACAAUAUCUUCCCAAUCAGAGAGCAAAGCCGCUCCACAACUAUACUGGCUGCAUUGAAGUUAUUGAAGUUAAUAAGCAGAGGAGGUUCUACACAGCCAAUGCCAUCGGUGGCAGCAACAUAGACCGAUGCAGAUAUACUGUGCAUACCAAAGAGGUCUCCAUAACAAGUUCCUCAACUCUAACAACUCAGCCAACUCCUGUUGACACAGUGACUGAAACAGCAACAAUAUUUUCCACGCAACCGCCAACACAUCCUCUGCAUGAACCACAAGUUUGCCACAAAGGUCUUUGUCGCAACGGAGGAACAUGUUAUCAUCUGCAGCUGGCUGGUAGAGCUCUGCCUUCCUGUCACUGUCCACUCCAUUUCACGGGAGCUUUUUGUGAAAAAGAUACCACAGUGUAUAUCCCCUCAUUUGAUGGCACAUCGUACUUGGAGCUGCAGUCUCUUGCAUCCCUUCUCCAGCCUUUAGGUGACAGCGAUAAUCGGCCCUCCACAGUCAAGGAAAUCACUCUCUAUUUGACAGUGAAAACAAGAUCUACACAGGGCACCAUCCUCUUCACCCAAGAGCAGAACUUUGGGGAUCAGUUCCUUCAUGUUUUCCUACAAGAUGGAAGCCCUGUUGCUCAAAUUGGUUGUGGUGGCACUCGCAUUUUGAAUGCAGCUUCAGGCCAGAGCAUCAAUAAUAACAAGUGGAUGCAAAUAACAAUCCGAUACAAUCUGCCUGUGGGCAAACAAGGAGGCUUGUGCAUGAUUGAAAUAGCAGCAGAUAAUGGCACAGCUCAGCAUCUUGAGGAGUUUGUGUCACACCCUGUGUCAGAGGGAAUCUUUGGACCCGUACUUCUUGGGGAUGUUUCAUCGCACUGGGAGAUGCAUGACAGUGCAAAGGGAGAGAAGAGAUUCAUUGGCUGUAUCAGGGAACUUCAAGCCAAUGCAAAGGAGAUUGAAUUGGUGGGUGAGGCGGUGAUUGGAAGAAACAUUAAAAACUGUGACCCACCCGUCUGCCAACACCUACCAUGUCGAAACGGAGGAACUUGUGUCAGUGAUGCUGAUGACUGGUUCUGCGAGUGCCCCCCGCUCUACACCGGCCGGCUGUGCCAGCUGAGCGCCUGUGAGCGCAACCCCUGCAGUCAUGGAGCCACGUGCAUCCCAAAGUCACCAUUGGAGGCUGUUUGUCUUUGCCCUUAUGGGAGACAGGGUCUGCUUUGCGACCAGCCCAUCAAUAUAACUCGUGCCAGAUUCAGCGGAAGCGAUGAGUUUGGUUACACAUCCUUUGCGGCUUAUUCCUCCAUCCCCAGCCUCAGUUUCUUUUAUGAGUUCAAGCUGAAGUUCACUCUCACAAAUAAUUCAUCUGCUGUCAAAGACAACCUGGUGCUGUUUGCUGGACAGAAAGGACAAGGCAACGAUGGUGAUGACUUCCUUGUUUUGGGACUACGAAGUGGGAGGGUUGUACAUAGAUUCAACCUGGGCUCUGGGGUUGCAACCAUAGUCAGCGAUCGGCUCAACUAUCACAUCAACAUCCACAGUGUCAUCUUUGGAAGAUCCAAGAAAAUGGGAUGGCUGAAGGUUGACGGCCAACGUAACAGAACAGGAUUUUCUCCUGGACCUCUGGUGGGCCUCAAUGUUUUCAACCAGCUUUUUGUAGGUGGAUAUAAUGAGUACACCCCUGAACUACUGCCACUUGGCUCCAGGUUCCGUCAUGGCUUUCAGGGGUGUAUUUUUGAUGUACAGUUUCGGACUAAAAGUGAUCGAAAGUUUCAAGCACUGGGGCAGCCCCUGGGUCACCCAGCCUUCGGGCGCAGUGUGGGUCAAUGUGGAGUCGACCCCUGUGUUCAUGUGCACUGCAGGAAUGGAGGGAAUUGUGUGGACUCUGGCUCAUCUGUGUAUUGCCAGUGCCCAUUUGGAUGGAAGGGAGCGCUCUGUACUGAGACCGUGUCUGUGUGUGAUGUAGAGCACAUCCCUCCUCCUCGCUGUGCUCACGGCUCCACCUGCAUCCCUCUACCGACUGGAUAUACCUGCCUGUGCCCUCUGGGGACAGCAGGACUCCACUGCGAAAAAGCUGUGGCCAUUAGUGAUCCAUUCUUCAGCGCUAACCAGUCUUCAUGGAUGUCAUUCCCACCCAUGAGCGUCAGACACAGGAUUGUUGUGCAGCUGCAGUUCCAGCCGUUAUCACCUGAUGGCAUCCUUGUCUACAUUGCACAGCAUCUCGGUGCCAGGGCUGGAGAUUUCUUCUGUCUCUCCUUGACAUCAGGAUUUGUUCAUCUACGAUACAAUUUAGGGAAUGGUACCCACAUCCUGCAGUCAGCUGAGAAAGUGGACUUCCACAGCAGGACCUGGCACACGGUGAAGGCUGGCCGAACUGGUAACCAAGGUUUCCUCAGUCUGGAUGACAAGGAAGUUAGAGAGGAUGUGGCAGAGGGAAUGACCACUCUCGACGUUGCUACUGACAUCUUUGUUGGAGGCGUAUCCACUCUGAGCUUCGUCUCCCCAGAUGCAACUGAAGGGGAGCCAAUGAGCUUCACCGGUGGCCUGAGAGAACUUAUAAUCAACAGUGAAGAACUUGAGCUCACGGAGAUGGGAGCUGUUAAUGGGGCAAACAUAGGAGACUGGGAUGGAACAGCCUGCGGGUACAAGGUGUGCCAAAAUGGAGGUCGCUGCAGGGUAACAGGAGGCAACUCAUACAUAUGUAUAUGCCCAUUGUUAUGGACUGGCUCUGUGUGUAACCAGUCAGUAAGCUGUGUAAACAACACUUGCAGACAUGGCUCCCUCUGUGCUCCAUCUACUGUCAACUCUUACAGCUGCAUAUGCCCAUUAGGAUGGGGAGGGACUUACUGUGAAAUGGAAAUAUCCACAGACACUUUCAAGUUUGUUGGAAAUUCUUAUGUUAAAUACCGAGACCUCAGGUUCAACAUAAGAAGCUUAAAAUACACACAGGUUUCUUUUAGCCUCUACACAAGUUCCAGUGACGGGUUGAUCAUGUGGAUGGGAAAGGCUGAGCACGAAGACGACGACUACCUUGCUGUUGGACUUGAGAGGGACUAUCUAAAAAUCAUUGUCAAUCUUGGAGAGAGACUCUCCAUUCCAAUAACUUUCAAAAAUCUCACACUCUGCUGCAACACAUGGCACAACGUGUCUUUAUCUCUUACCAGCACAAUUAUUCAGGUUUUCCUCAACAGUAAAGGGAUUCUGUUUGAAGAUGUGGAUCCAUUUGAGCGAUAUGUAGCCUUAAACUAUGGAGGAGUGGUGUACUUUGGAGGGUUUGAAUUACACAGAAAUGUGUCAGUUGUCACAUCUGGUAUGUUUUCAAGGGGCUUUGAAGGAAGUCUCAGAAAUGUUUAUUUGUUUGGAGAUAAUAAGCCAGUGCUAUUUCAUAAAAAUAGUGAGGGUUUUAAUAUUUAUGAUGGCAGGGGAAAAUGAUGCAGAUGAGAGUCCUGGCCUCAACAGAAGCUGAAAAUCCCCAUC